GCAAAGAGUGAAGUUUGGACUGCCUCUCCUCUCGCCUUAAACGUUGUCUUUGGCCGUGCAGAGCUGAAUGCGGCGCAGCGUUCCGCCAGAGCCGUGUUCAUAAGCGCCGCCGCCGCCAGGAUGGGCCAGCAGCUCUCGGGUCAGGCGGUGUUGACCCGUCUGCCUGAGAAGCUGGUGAAACACGCCGGACUGGUGCGUGACAGCGGCUACCUGACCUACGAGGAGUUCCUGGCCAGGGUGUCCGAACUCAACGACGUGACGGCCAAGCUCGCUGCCGGGCAGCAGAAGCACCUCCUGUUUGAGGUGCAGCCGGGGUCCGACGCCACGGCCUUGUGGAAGGUGGCUGUCCGAGUCCUCUGCACCAAGAUCAACAAGGAGGUCGGCGCCAUGGAGGCGUCUCGCAUCAUGAACCUGUACCAGUUCACCCAGCUGUACCGCGACAUCACCAGCCAGGCCGCCGAGGUGCUGUCGGCAGAGGGCGCCACCGAGGGCUCGUCCGGCGGCCAGCUGCCCGCCACCGACUCCUGCCAGGCCAGCAUGUGGAUGGGCAGAGUGAAGCAGCUGACCGACGAAGAGGAGUGCUGCAUCUGCAUGGACGGGAAGGCUGACCUCAUCCUGCCCUGCGCUCACAGCUUCUGCCAGAAGUGCAUCGACAAAUGGAGCGGGCAGAGCCGUAACUGCCCCAUAUGUCGCCUGCAGGUGACCGCUGCCAACGAGUCGUGGGUCAUGUCCGACUUCCCCACGGAGGGCGACAUCGCCGGCUACAUCCUCAACCUGGCAGACGAGGCGGGGCACCCACACAGGCCUUAACACACACACACACACAGGCCUUAAAACACACACACACAGGCCUUAACACACACACACACACACACACACAGGCCUUACCACACACACACACACACAGGCCUUACCAGCCCGGUGUGUGACCCAGAGGAGGCGAAACGGCACCAAAUAGACUCGACCUGACGCAACACAAAAAAUUCCACUUUCUCACACACCAAAAAAAGAAAACCGCUGACGCUGCAGAAGCAGACCAGCGGGGUUUCCUCCUCCCUUUUUGUUCUUAGCGAAAAAUUAAACCUUUUGUCUCUUUUUAAGUCCCUUGAAAAACAAAUCUCUUGGUAAACCCAGGUGUUGUAGAUGUGGUGCUUUAUGGGAAAUGUGUGUGUGUGAUGAUACGUUGUCUGUACUUGUAGAAUGUUAUAAUAAAUCAUAAUCUAUUCAUUUAACACACAGAUUUUACCAAAAAAGUUCAGUGAUUUUGGGUUUCAUCUGAACCCCCCAUGAGUGAGGAGGACUUGUGUGUUGGGAAUAAGGCACUUUACGAUUUUAAUGUCAGCCCUCGUCUUCAGAGGGUCGGGAGGUUUGACUCGGAUAUUCAUAGUCGAGAAAUAACAAUAAAUAGUUCAUUUGUUUUGAGUAAUGUGCUGAUUCACUUUCUUUGGGAUCGUCGGGUGAGAAGAUCGUUGCAUCCAUCGUCUCUCCGUCAGGAAGUGAAUCUGUUCCCCUAAAAUGUCGAAUAUUUACAAAUCUGCUCCCAGACUGUAAAAACAACUUUAUUUCCCAGGCGUGAAGCCGUCCUGUGGUCAGCUGAACAUCAGCGUGUUUAUAUUCACAGUUCAGGAACUGACAUGGAGGCUGAUUCUGGUCUUUAGUGUGCACAGAACUAAAUAGUUUUAUAUGAUUUUAAAUUACUCCGCUUGCUGUGGUGUCUUUUUUGAUAAUUACCACUAUUUAAAAAAAAUUAUUUUUUCUAUAUAUACAUAUAUUUUAUAUAUAUAAUUUAUUCUAUAUGAUAUAUAUAUAUUUUAUAAAAUAAUAAUAUAUCAUGAAAUAUAUAUAUAUUUAUAAUAGAUAUAUAUUUUAUAAAAUAAUAAUAUAUAUAUCUGCCAUGUUAUUUUAAUCUGGUUGCUGGAGAGCUCCUGUAGUUUACAUAACUCUAACUCUUACAUAAGUCUUUUUAGUUAAGAGAACUGUGUUUUAGAAAAUGUGCAUUAAAAUAAUGAUGCAUUUAUAUUUUACUUAAAUUUAAAUAUAGUUAUAGUUGUGAAAAUUUGGAACGCGAUUUCGUCAUUUAGUUGUGUUCACAUUUCACGAUAUUUAUCUUAAUUUAACAGAUUUUUCCCAAUUAGGAGACGAUAACCUCAAAUAUGUCAAAUUAAAUAUAUAUGUGUAUAUAUAUGUGAGUUCUCUUCAUUUAACAGAUCAUAAACAUGUGAAAUAUAAGCACUUUGAAACGUCACUGUCUCGGAUGAUUUGAUCUCUGGGGUGAGAAUAUGAUCUGACACUAAUGUGAACAAUAAGCAGCAGACGUUCGUCAUUCUUCAUCACCGCGUGGUCCAAUGUUCAAAGUGUAUAAAUAAAGCUGUAAGAAUGAUGUAAUGCUCAACUUCCAUACUAGAUUACUGUAAAGCAUUUCAUCCUAUACAGACAUGCAUUGUAUGUGAAUGUGCUCAAUGGAAGGAGGUGUAUUCUAUUUUAAUUCCUACUGUAUUAUCCUUAAUAAAGAGAUGCUCACUUUUUGCACUUUA